UAGACACAGUACACACCAGGAUCUAGAGGCUGGAUUUCAUACUCAUAGCUCUCCCUAGAAUUUCAGAGAGUUCUGUUAUGAUCUCUGUUGUAAUUAACAAUUUGGUUCAAGUUUGUUCUUUAAAUGAAUAUGCUAAGAAUUCACAUAUGUUCUGGAUGUACUGGAAUUAAAAGGAUUUAAGAGAUCAUGGUGUGCAUGUUCUAGGAUAAAUAGGAUUUACCAAUCCUUGGAUGAAGUGCUUGGGAAGUCUUUAAGUGCCGUAAUCAACUGCCAUUUUGAAGAAUAUAGAUGGUUUUGAAAAGUUCAUGCUGUCCCUUCAUUGAAUUUUAGAAUGAUUGAAGAUAGUGGGAAAAGAGGAAAUACCAUGGCAGAAAGAAGACAGCUGUUUGCAGAGAUGAGGGCUCAAGAUCUGGAUCGCAUCCGACUCUCCACCUACAGAACAGCAUGCAAGCUUAGGUUUGUUCAGAAGAAAUGCAAUUUGCACCUGGUGGACAUAUGGAAUGUCAUAGAAGCAUUGCGGGAAAAUGCUCUGAACAACCUGGACCCAAACACUGAACUCAACGUGUCCCGCUUAGAGGCUGUGCUCUCCACUAUUUUUUACCAGCUCAACAAACGGAUGCCAACCACUCACCAAAUCCAUGUGGAGCAGUCCAUCAGCCUCCUCCUUAACUUCCUGCUUGCAGCGUUUGAUCCGGAAGGCCAUGGUAAAAUUUCAGUAUUUGCUGUCAAAAUGGCUUUAGCCACAUUGUGUGGAGGGAAGAUCAUGGACAAAUUAAGAUAUAUUUUCUCAAUGAUUUCUGACUCCAGUGGGGUGAUGGUUUAUGGACGAUAUGACCAAUUCCUUCGGGAAGUUCUCAAACUACCCACGGCAGUUUUUGAAGGUCCUUCAUUUGGUUACACAGAACAGUCAGCCAGAUCCUGUUUCUCCCAACAGAAAAAAGUCACGUUAAAUGGUUUCUUGGACACGCUUAUGUCAGAUCCUCCCCCGCAGUGUCUGGUCUGGUUGCCUCUUCUGCAUCGACUAGCAAAUGUGGAAAAUGUCUUCCAUCCGGUUGAGUGUUCCUACUGCCACAGUGAGAGUAUGAUGGGAUUUCGCUACCGAUGCCAACAGUGUCACAAUUACCAGCUCUGUCAGGACUGCUUCUGGAGGGGACAUGCCGGUGGUUCUCAUAGCAACCAGCACCAAAUGAAAGAGUACACGUCAUGGAAAUCACCUGCUAAGAAGCUGACUAAUGCAUUAAGCAAGUCCCUGAGCUGUGCUUCCAGCCGUGAACCUUUGCACCCCAUGUUCCCAGAUCAGCCUGAGAAGCCACUCAACUUGGCUCACAUCGUGCCUCCCAGACCUGUAACCAGCAUGAACGACACCCUGUUCUCCCACUCUGUUCCCUCCUCAGGAAGUCCUUUUAUUACCAGGAGGUUACCUGAGGGGAUAAGUGCCUCCAGCCCUGUGGCUGAAGAGCAUUCCCUCAUAAAGCUGUACGUAAAUCAGCUUGAUCACGGUGCACGCUCUCCUCCCAAGGACAGUGAAGUAGAGCAGAACAAACUGCUGGCUAGGGCUGCUCCAGCUUUUCUGAAGGGCAAAGGGAUACAGUACAGCCUGAAUGUGGCAGACAGGCUAGCUGAUGAACAUGUUCUCAUCGGGUUGUAUGUCAACAUGCUCCGGAACAACCCCUCAUGCAUGCUUGAGAGUUCAAACCGGCUUGAUGAAGAACACAGGCUAAUUGCCAGGUAUGCGGCAAGGCUGGCAGCAGAGUCCUCUUCGUCUCAGCCACCUCAGCAGAGAAGUGCUCCUGACAUCUCUUUCACCAUCGAUGCGAAUAAGCAGCAAAGGCAGCUGAUUGCUGAGCUAGAAAACAAGAACAGAGAAAUCUUACAGGAGAUCCAGAGACUUCGGCUAGAGCAUGAACAAGCUUCUCAGCCCACGCCAGAGAAGGCACAGCAAAACCCCACCCUGCUGGCAGAACUCCGGCUCCUCAGACAGCGCAAAGAUGAGCUGGAACAGAGAAUGUCUGCUCUCCAGGAGAGCCGGAGAGAGCUAAUGGUCCAGUUGGAGGGUCUCAUGAAGCUACUAAAGACUCAGGGGGCAGGCUCUCCCCGCUCCUCCCCCAGCCACACCAUCAGCAGGCCAAUUCCCAUGCCCAUCCGGUCAGCGUCAGCCUGCUCCACCCCGACGCACACGCCGCAGGACUCCCUCACAGGGGUAGGGGGAGAUGUACAAGAGGCAUUUGCACAAAGUUCAAGAAGAAACUUAAGGAAUGACUUGCUAGUGGCUGCAGAUUCCAUCACUAACACUAUGUCGUCUCUUGUGAAAGAGCUGAAUUCUGAGGUUGGGAGUGAAACAGAGAGUAAUGUGGAUUCUGAAUUUGCACGGACUCAGUUUGAGGAUCUUGUUCCCUCACCAACCUCUGAAAAGGCUUUUCUAGCACAAAUCCACGCCCGAAAACCUGGGUACAUUCACAGUGGAGCUACCACAAGUACCAUGCGUGGCGACAUGGUUACGGAGGAUGCGGAUCCGUAUGUGCGGCCUGAAGAUGAAAACUAUGAAAAUGACUCUGUCCGGCAGCUGGAGAAUGAGCUCCAGAUGGAGGAAUACCUGAAACAGAAGCUGCAAGAUGAAGCUUAUCAGGUCAGCUUGCAAGGUUGAAUGCAAUAUCCUUUUAUCACACUCCUCUCAAGCAAGCUAUAGUCAGACAGAUGAUGAAAGUAACAUGAAAACUGGUGAUGAUGGAGAGCCCUGUGGCCACACAGAGGAGGAAGACAGCAGCCUGGCAGCAGCCUCACCGAAGAGAGGAGCCACCACACCCAGCAGCUCCCGACAGACCCCCACCCCUAAAGAUGUGUCCUGAUGACUAUAGUGCAGCUAACUUUUUGUUCUCAGAUUUGUAGUGCAUAGGUGUGUGUUUCAAGAAGGAAAAAAAAAGACUUCUGUUCAAAGUUAAUUUAUCAGCUACAUCCUCUGUAACAUGGUUCAUCCCUGGUUAAAAAGCAAACAAACACAGGCUGAAAACCCGUGCUGCUGUUAUACACAAUGGCAGUAUUAACAAGCAUUUUAAACCUUUGCACAUGAUAUUGAACCUGUUCAGUUUACAAUGACAAUAUUAAUACUGUUUAUAGCUAGACGUUUGAUUUCUGAAUUCUUUGAGAUUUUAGCAAAACAGUUUAUUAUACACUGUACAUUUUUUUCACAGCAAUUGGAAAAAAACAACCACUUGCAAUCAUUCAAUAACCCUGAAGAAUUUGGUUCCUGAGUGUACAAACUCAGAGCCCAGAAGCCAAGAAGGGUCCUUGGCCUGCACGGUCUGUAGUUGACUCCAAGUCUCUGUGAGCAGUGACUUGAACCAAACACACCAGGAAUAAUCCAUUCUUUGGGGCCUCUUUCCAACUCAAGGUUGUUUUCUUUCAAGAUACUCUAACUAAUCAGCCAUAGAAUUUAGUGUAAAUAUUUUUUUUUCCAAAUAGAUAUCAUAUUCAAAAAAGGCAGCAUUCAAAUUAUAUAGAAUCUAGUUUUUAAAAUCAGCACAGAUCUUCUUAAAAACUGUGAACUAUGUUUUGAAAUACUCGUUACUAAAGCUGUUUAUAAACCACAGGUGCCAUAAGAUCCCCAAACGGACUAAAGUUAUCUCUGCUCUUCCAUGGUCUUGUUCCUCUCGUUUUGGCUUUAGGAAGCAUGUCUUUAACAGCACCGCUCGUUCACAAGUUCCCCCAUCAAGUUGUUUGGAGGCCUUCAGCUUUAAAUGUACAGGCUUAAAGUGCGCUUGCAAACGUUUGCUCUCCUUUUUUUCUGAAUGUUGAUUGCCUUAGCUGGCCACCUGGUGUUCUGCAUGUAGCCUUCUGUGGUCAUGUGAAAGGAGACAGGCUCUUCUAAGUUGAGUUGGGAUUUUUGCACUCAGUGAAAAGCUGAAGUGCAAAAGAGCUAUCAAAGACAAGAGGAUAAAAGACUGGGAUAGUCUUUUCCAAGGACCCUCUUUAGAGGGCCCUAAAGACCUCCUUUGGGAAUUCUGGGGAAAAAGAAAAAGUAAUCUUCUACUUGCUUCAAGAUUUGAUUUUUUUAAAAAAAGCCUGCGACAUAUUCAAUACAUUAUGCUUAAAUUAGCAGUUUCUCUGGAAUUCCUGUCUCUCCUUUAAAAGAAAGGAGAGAACAUUUUAGAACAAUAGUUCUCAAAGUGUGUUCCCUGGACAAGCAGCAUCUGCAACACUUAGGAAGGUCUUCGAAAUACUAAUUCGUAAGCCCCACCUCAGGCCUACUGAAUCAGAAGCUCUGGGGGUUGGGUCCAGAAGUCUGUUUUAGUCAACCCUCUAGGUGAUUCUGAUGCUCGCUAAAGGUUGAGAACUACUGCUUUAGAAUGAAGUCGUAUAAUAAAGUCUCUGAAAAGGCCUUAUUCAGAAUAAGCAAGAAAGGUUCUGUGAUUCACUUUUGCUUCUGGGGCUGGCAAAAACCUUCUCCGAACCCACACACCAAGUUCUUAGUUGGUAGGUGCCCAGCCAAGUCCUGACAUCUUCAUGCCCCCUCUGCAGAGGGCAGCUGUACGAUGUUCACAUGUCUGCGUUUGGUCAGACAUCAUCUCCUUGGCUGCCCUUUGAAACCAAAUCACUUGCCUUGGGGAUAAAGUGCUCAAUUGGCAUUAGUGAGAAGCCCAUCCUAUCCCUUGACAUACUUAAUCAUAUAUCUCUCCAGAGAACUCACCUGACAAAUGUCCCUGAGCACAGGCUGACACCAAAGUGGCACAACUGCACAGUUCUCAGAUUUCUUUGCACAGAUUGAUUUUUAUUGCGGGUUUUGUUGGGGUGUCUUAAUGUUCAUCUCUUUUCCACUGCCCAUCCUCUGUGAACCCAUACCUCUCUAGAUGGAGCAGGUGGCCACUGGUGCCUCAUACUCAGUAUUGAAAACCACUACAUCCCAGCUACCUAUAAUGCUGUCAGCUCAAAAUCAUAGCCAGGUAGUUCUUGAACUCGGAACUUAAAUCCUGCACGUGGCACUCCACCACUGACUGGACCGAGCUGGCAUAUGUUGUUUCUUUGUGUUUCUACAUCAAAAUGUUCGUCUAAGAUUUGAACUGUUCUGCUGAUAACCUUCCCCGUUGUCAUAGCUAUUUCAUUGCCAACCAACUCCAUCACAUGGUUGUUGAUAUCGUCAUAUAAAGCCAUUGCAAGGACUCUGGAAACUGCCACCAAUGACCAAUUUCUGACUAACCAGCCACCUUUUCUCUCUCUUAGCUCCACGUCAGCACUGAGACCAGACUCAAGCACCCCUGUCCUGUAACCGAGACAAAAUGGCGUGUGUUAUUUUGGGGGUUUGUGUUUUUUGGUGGGUUUCUUUCCUUGGCUCUCCAGAUUUACUUUUGGGGCCUGUUCUAAGUGCAAACCCAGCAGGUUUCACUUGUCCUGUCCAUUAGAUACAACUACAUCUUGCGGGGGUUGUUUCUUUCUUGUUCCACAAUGAAUUGCACAUCCAUCUCCAUCAGAGCUGAUAGCCUGUUAAUAAGCACUGGUCUAACACAGCCAACCCUCCUCCACAGCGCCAUGUUAAUGGAGGAGGGAAGGAAGGUGAAAUCUACUGCAUGGGAUUCAGGAAACAGUUGUGGUUGGUCAGGACGGAAGUUGGGGUAAGUUUGGUUGGUCAGAGGGAGUUGUGCUGGAGAUUGUGAAAAAUGGGUUCUUGAAUGAUCUACUAUAAGGCAGGGAAGGUUCAUUUGUAAGUAGUAAUGUGAACUGAAUUGCAUUAAGAGUGUGUGGCCUUUGUUGUGAUAUACUAUGUAUUUUCUUAUAUGCAUGAGCCAAACUGUUGCAUCAUAAUUUAGCAGUGAUGUCUGCUUUUAUUUUGAUCAUCUUUGUCCACCCUUAUUAGUUCUUGGCUGUUAACUGUAGAUAGAUCUUGUAAAUCCAGCAACCUUUGGUUGCUGCAUUCCCCUUGGUUCGAUUCCACGCAAGGAGCCACAAGUGAGAACUCCACUGUCCUUAGAAGAAAGGGCAUUUUUACUUUUGAACCAAAAAGAGAAAAAAAAAUCAGAAGUGUUGCAUCUUGAGGCGAAUUAACUGUAAGACAUUUUUAAUUAUGACUACUGCAAUUUGACACCAUUUGAAAUAACCAAUUCAGAGACACUAAAGAUUUCACAAUAUUCAUUGGUAUUGUAAAAAAAAAAUACUAUUGUAUGGAUUUUUGUAUUGCUGUUAAGUAUUGUUUUGUGUGUGUGUGUGUGUGUUGGAACCUCCUGGGGACAUGUUAUAUUUUGAAGUGAUUAAACUAUUUAAUUGUGUGUCUAUAUUUUGGAGUGGAAUUAUUUCUUCAUUAAAAAAUGUUUUUAGAAACACUA